CCUCCCAUGGCUUUACCGUGCUGGGCCUGGAAUAUGAAACAUAUUUUGUCUCUCCUUUUGCCUGCUGUUUUUGCCCCUGUAUUCACUCCUGUGUUGAAUCCUCCCCUCUCCCCACCCUGGGCCACAGCACCCCCAAGCAGACGGACCUGUGUGUUCUUUGAGGCCCCCCGAGUGCGAGGAAGCACAAAGACACUGGGGAGGCUGCUAGAUGCAGGGCCAGGGCCCCCCAGGGUUAUCCGCUGCCUCUACAGCCGCUGCUGCUUUGGGAUCUGGAACCUGACCCAAGACCAGGCACAGGUGGAGAUGCAAGGCUGCCGAGACAGUGAUGAGCCAGGCUGUGAGUCCCCCCACUGUGACCCGAGCCCCCGAGCCCAGCCCAGCCCCAGCUCCACUCUCUUCACCUGCUCCUGUGGCACUGACUUCUGCAAUGCCAACUACAGCCAACUGCCUCCUCUGGGGAGCCCUGGGACUCCUGGCUCCCAGGGUCCCCAGGCUAUCCCAGGCGAGUCCAUCUGGAUGGCGGUGGUGCUGCUGGGGCUGUUCCUCGUCCUGCUGCUGCUGGGCAGCAUCAUCCUGGCUCUGCUGCAGCGAAAGGCCUGCAGAGUGCAAGGUGGGCCAGAGCCAGAGCCAGAGCCAGAACCAGACUCCAACAGGGAUUGGAGUGCAGAGCUGCCUGAGCUGCCUGAGCUGUGCUUCUCCCAGGUCAUCCGGGAAGGAGGUCACGCCAUUGUGUGGGCUGGGCAGCUGCAAGGCAAGCUGGUAGCCAUCAAGGCCUUCCCCCUGAGGGCUGUGGCCCAGUUCCGAGCUGAGAGAGCAUUGUAUGAGCUGCCAGGCCUGCGGCAUGACUACGUUGUCCGCUUUAUCACUGCCAGCAGGGGAGGCCCUGGCCCCCUGCCCUCUGGGCCCCUGCUGGUGUUGGAACUACACCCCAAGGGCUCCCUGUGCCACUACUUGACCCAGCACACCAGUGAUUGGGGACGUUCCCUGAGGAUGGCACUGUCCCUGGCGCAGGGCCUGGCGUUUCUCCAUGAGGAGCGCUGGCAGGAUGGCCAAUAUAAACCAGGUAUAGCCCACCGAGAUCUGAGCAGCCAAAAUGUGCUCAUUCGGGAGGAUGGGUCAUGUGCCAUUGGAGACCUGGGCCUUGCCUUGGUGCUCCCUGGCCUCACUCAGCCCCCUGCCUGGGCCCCCACUCAACCCCAAGGCCCAGCUGCCAUCAUGGAGGCUGGCACCCAGAGGUACAUGGCGCCAGAGCUCUUGGACAAGACUCUGGACCUACAGGACUGGGGCACGGCCCUCCGGCGAGCCGACGUUUAUUCUCUGGCUCUGCUCUUGUGGGAAAUCCUGAGCCGCUGCCCAGAUUUGCGACCUGACAGCAGACCACCACCCUUCCAACUGGCCUACGAGGCAGAACUGGGAAGCACUCCCACCACCUGUGAGCUGUGGACCUUGGCAGUGGAGGAGAGGAGGCGCCCAUACAUCCCACCCACUUGGCGUUGCUUCGCCACAGACCCUGCUGGCCUGAGAGAGCUCCUGGAGGACUGCUGGGAUGCAGACCCGGAAGCUCGGCUGACAGCUGAGUGUGUACAGCAGCGCCUGGCUUCCCUGGCACGUCCUCAGGAGGCCCACUCCUUCCCCGAGGGCUCUUCACAGAGCUGCCCACCUCUCUGCCCAGAAGACUGUCUCUCAACUCCUCCCCAUUGCCACUCUUCCUUGUAGGCUUCAGCUGAGAGCCUGCCAUUUCACAUUCAGCAAGGCCUUUGUUCCAGGAAUUCUCAACCUGUGGGUCCUAUUUCUCAGGUGUAAAUAUGCAGUUUAUGUGUAAUCUAUGUACGUGCAAACAUAACUACGCUGAUCAUAUGUUUGUGUAUCCUGCUUCACCACUGCUUUCCUACUCGCCAAAUGCCUGGAUGCUUCUGCGGGUAUCCGUCCACUGCAGUUCUGACCAGUGACUGAGGGGAGGUGUGCACAGGAAAGAGAUAAAGCCAGCUUUCCUGACUCCACGUUUUCGGGUCUUCCUCCCUUCCUGUGAUCCUGGGCUCUGCCUCUCUUCCUUCUCCUUCACAAGCCUUUAUUUUGUGGGAUCUCAUGCAAGGCACUGGCGAAAGAAGGAUGGAAACGAUGAAUUGCUGCUCUGAAGGUGCUCAGAGACCCACAGUUCACUUUGUUGGGGUCCUGUACUGUGUCCUUGGAGGGAGUAUCCUCUCCUGAGGUGUGAGUGGGAAGGCCUCACACAGCACAGGAUGCAUAAGCGGGGUCUUGAAUGAGCAGUUUUCCAGGAGUGUUGGGGGCAGUAGGGCCUUCCUGGCCCAGUGAAGUGUGUUAUCAUGAGGUACAGCAAGAAACAGUAAGUAGCCUGGGGAGUAAAAGUGUGGGAGGUGUGGUGGGGAGAGAAGAGGUGACUGGAGAACUGUAGGCAAGGCCUCGUGAGCCCUGCAGAGAAGUUCUUCCUUCAUUUCUUUUUGUGUGUUUUCUCUAUUGGCUUUUCUUUCCUGCCCCAAGUCCCUUUAACACUGGUUGCCCCUCAGGGUCAGUCCAAUUACAGGUGCCUGGUUUGUAGCCCUAACUCAGUUUCUAACUACCUGAGUGCCCUUGGGCCAGUUACUUCCUCUUUCUGGGGCUCAUGUUCCUCAUUUGCCAAAUAGGGGUCAGAGGCCUUCUGGUCUAAUAGCAGAAGAACCAUGGGGGAGUUCUGGCUUUAUCACAACAGGUUUGCUUCCUGCUCAGUGACCAACUAGCUCUAUGUGAUGGGGCAAGUUACUCAACCUUUGGAAUCUUAAUUUUAUCGUGUGUAAAGUGUGGAUAAAAACACUUACCCUGCUCGUAGGGUCAAUUCAGGGUGAAAAAGAAAGUGACAGAUCUUGUACAUACAGCACCUGGCCUUAGGGGAGACUUCGUAAACGGGAGUAGUUGAGAUGAUCUCUAGCCCCUUUCUAGCUUAGUUGUUCUAGAGUUCCAGGAUUAGCCUCUGGAGAGCCCAUCCACUCCCAAGCCCUGAGACUUCACCUUUCUUCAGACUCACAUCUCUAAUUCUCUACAAGACACCAUCACUCGAAUGGGCAGCCAUCACCUGAAACUUAACACAUUCAAAUCCAAGCUCCUGCCUCCCCCCUCACCAGCAGGUCUGCCAUCGCCCUCUUUCCUGACCCCGAAGGAGACCAAAUUUCUCUUGGUCUUGGAGGAUCCCAGCAAAGGUGUUCUCUUCCGCUCCAGCGGCCCCAGUUCGUCCUGUCCAUAUCCAGUUAGUUCUCAGGCCCCACGGAGGUUGCAGCGGCAGGACCUGCCUCUGAGCACCAUCCUCCCUUUCCUUCCUCCUGGAUCUGGGACCCUAAACUACUGCCGUUGCCUCUGGGCUGCCUAUGUUCCCCCAAUCUAGGUUAAAUACCACUCUGAAUAAUCUUUAAAUAUAACUUUGCAUUGUGUUUUGCCUCUGCUCAAGUCUACUGUUUCAUGACAAUCUUUUGAACACCAUUGUAGAGGAGGAAACCAAGGGCUCAGCGAAGUUCAGGAAUGUGUCCAAGCCCACAUAGAUCUUAAGUAACAGAGCAGGAGUUUUCAUCAUUAAAAACGAUGUUUAUGAAAAUGUCAUAAAUUUUUAGAAAUGGAUAAUGUCACAUGAAAAUAAUGUAUGCGUACAAACCUAUGCUGCAAGCCUAGUGUUAUGUUAUGUUAAAUCAAAAAUAAACCUAUAAUCACAAGAAAAACACACAAAUCCCAGGAGAGGCACAUUUUACAAAAUACCCAUCCAGUCCUCCUCACAACUGUUAAGAUCACCAAAAACAAAGUCUGAGAAACUGUCACAACCAAGAGGAACCUAAGGAAACAUGAUGAUGACGACAAAAUGGAAUGCGAUAGCCUGGAUAAGAUCCUGGAAUAGAAAAAGGACGUUGGGUAAAAACUAAAAUAAUCUGAAUAAAGUAUGGAGUUUAGUUAAUAAUCAUGAAUAAAUAUUGGUUCAUUAGGUAACAAACAUGCUGUUAAUGUUACGAU